AUGGGUUUAUUUGGCGCAUUAGCAGGAGUUGCAUCCAGAUUUUUACCCGCAGUUGGAACAAUAGCCAGAGGUGCAUUUGGAAUUGGAAGGAAGAUUUUGAGUACAUUAGGUAUACUUAAAGAGAAAGCACAACCUAUUAUACAAACCGUACAGAAAGGUUGGGAGGUAGCACGAGAUGCAACAAAUCUUAUUCCAAAUCCUGAAACAAGAGGAAAAGUUCAAGGAUGGAUGGACAAUGUAGGAAGAGAAGCAGGAAACUAUUAUAACAAAGCAAAUGACUACUAUAACCAAGCAGGACACUAUAUGGACCAAG